UGCAAUUAUGAAUUUUAUUGAUUAACAUUUAGAAAUGUAUUAGAGUUCAUUGGAUGAUCAACUAAAACUGAUUGUUGAGAAAAUUGUUGAGAAAAAGGUAAGACGGAUUAAUUUAUCCGUGUUCUCAUCCCUUGAAAAUGUACAAUAUUUAUGUUUCCUUAUAAAUUUCCCAUUUUUCUUUUGCUUUUGUCUUUUAGCGAAUAUUUGAUUCUGACAUUACUACAUCACUGUUGUUGCUAUCAUGCAACUCUCAAUAUAGACAUAUCGUUCAAAAGGUCGUGACGAGGACCUUGGAUACACAGUCGUAGGCACUCACAAUUCUAAGUUUCGUUUAAUUUCUACAACAGCCAUUGGAUUUUUAAAAUUAUACCAAAUACGAUUUUAAUUUCUAUAUACUUGAAAGGAACACUGAUUAUCUGAUUCACAAAAAUUCCAUCUACCGUGCACAAUAUCGUUCGAUAUGAACGUUCCACAAAAUAAGAUCCCGUUAUCAAAAACUUUGGAGAUACCAUCAUUAGGUUGUAUACAUCCUAAUUUGAUUCGAAAUGUCUUAAUCUUGCUUCAAAAUGUCGAAAUUCGUACAGCAGAUGCUUGUUCGAAGAACGUUUCACGACUGAUUCGCUAAAAGUACCGUGAUGCGUUUAUUCGACGCCUUUUUGACCACGUGGUUAGAGAAACUGAUAACUCCAGAGUACACAGUGUAUCGCAGAUUAAGUCCAUCCGAGGAAAGAGAGAGAAGAAGUUAAUACUAGUUCUCCAUCCGAGAGAAACUACGCGAAGGUAUACGCGCAUCGUUUUUAUUUCGGUGGUAUUCUCACAAGUGUGCUAGCUUCCUUUAUCCCCUCGCAGAGAUAUAGAAUGAAGUGGUGUGAAGUAGACAGCGCCAGGUUACCAUUAUUACACACUAGACGAUAUCCUGCUAUAACUUCCAAGAAUCGAAGACGAAACGCAGUUAUGGCCCUUCAGGAUAAAUCCAGGAUUGGCGCUAUGCACCAUCAGUUUUACAUCAAUUAUGCUAAUGUACAAGGAUCUGUCGGAAGCAAUGGUUCUGGACAAGGAUGGUCAACCCAAGUGGAGGAGCUGGCCGAACAUCUUGCCGCCGACUUCGAUGGAUCGCUCUCAGCACUUGCAGCAUCCGAUCUUGCAACAGCAGUCGCCUCCUAUAAUAUGAGCGAAGCCUUGCUUGCAUUACCAUCAUUGACGGUAUUUAAGCAAGAAGCGCCAUCACCAGAAAAUCAGCAAAAUUCUAAUUUAAACCACGUAUCACAGAGAACAAUUAAUUCGGCACCAGCGAACAAUGUGAACAACUCUGUUGAAGCUGAUAGUAAUAAUAAUGGGCAGACAGCAGCUAGUCUCCAUCAGUUGCUUUAUCCCUCAAACGAAGAAUAUCCUCCAACAUCAUCCUCAGGAAAUCAUGUGUCUUCCUCUCAACAGGGAAGUGAGCUCAAUGAGGAUUGCCGUUUCCAAUAUGUGCUUGCUGCUGCUACUAGUAUUGCAACAAAAGUUAACGAAGAGACGCUCACUUACUUGAACCAGGGACAAUCGUACGAGAUUAAAUUGAAGAAAUUAGGUGAUUUAUCUGCUUAUCGUGGGAAAAUUUUGAAGUCGACAAUACGCAUUUGCUUCCACGAGAGGAGACUUCAAUAUACUGAAAGGGAACAAAUGCUUGCAUGGCAACGCGCAAGACCUGGUGAAAGAUUACUCGAGGUCGAUGUUCCUCUUAGUUAUGGGAUGGUGGAUGUUUGUCAACCAUCUCCAUCAAAUAAUAGCGUAGAAUUUAUGUGGGAUCCUACCAAGGAAGUUGGGGUAUAUAUAAAGGUGAACUGUAUUAGCACUGAAUUUACGCCCAAGAAACAUGGUGGGGAAAAAGGUGUACCGUUUCGAAUACAAGUGGAAACGCGACUACCGGGAGGCCCUCGUUUGCACGCUGCUUCUUGCCAGGUAAAAGUUUUCAAAUUGAAAGGAGCUGAUCGCAAACAUAAGCAAGAUCGUGACAAAAUACUGCGACGACCACCACAUGAGCAAGACAAGUAUCAGCCAAGUUACGAUUGCACGGUUCUCUCCGACAUUCCCCUAGACUCGUUAUCAUCAUCCAAUUUGAUCACGCAAAGUGGUGGAAGUCCCUAUGCUUCAACGGAGGCAGUAUCUCCUCAAAGUCGUUCUACUAUAAGUGGCAAUACUUCACCAGUAGUAGCACCCUUGGCACUUUCAGUUUCCAAUCCAGGUAUCGUACCACUAGUUCCUGCUUCUGAUGCUGUGAAGGAAAACGUGGGAACAGCACCUGCUCUACCAUCGCCUGCGGCAAUUUUACCAGAUCAAUCUUGUAUCGAAACUGAAAGAUCGUCAUGUUUGGUUCAAUUGUCACCUGACGCAAGUGCGGCACAGACAACGACGUGGCUUCGUGCUAGCCGCUUCAACGCAUUUGAAUCCACAUUCGCAAGCUUCUCUGCUUCGGAUAUUUUACGACUCUCUAGGGAUGAUUUAAUUCAAAUCUGUGGUCUGGCUGAUGGGAUCCGAUUGUUCAAUGCGCUGCAUUCAAAGGCGCCAACUCCAAAACUUACCCUCUAUUUCUCGCUGGAAGACAACAGUUCACUUUGGAGAGUCGCCUACUUGGACAGUCUGACCAGUAGUGCCUUGAUAAAUAAGUUACUGAAUACCUUAAGUUUAUCUCAUGAUCGACUCCAUUCUGUUCUCUUUCUUGGUCCUCAGGGUAUCCAUGUAUUAGUUACCGAUGAAUUGGUAGCCAACAUGAAAGAUGAAAGCAUGUAUUUCGUUGAAACUAUCAAAGAUAAUGCGAGCGAACGCUACAAAUUGCUUCUAAAACCUUCGUCGCGUUCCUAAAAGGUACAACUACUGAUAAAUUAAUUGCAAAAUUAUGUAGUAGAUCUUCCACAUAUCCCAAAUUUGCCAAACGAAUCUGUGAUUCGAUAAAGAAUUUGUUACGUACUAAGAUAAAAACAAUUUAUUACGUAAUUUGUCGAUUUUUUUUUCGUUUUAAAUUACGACAUUAUUAUGAUAUUAUUAGAAAAUAUUUCUGAAUUAUUUAUUCAUAAUAGUUCGUAAACUAUUUAGUUUUUAAUUAAUUUGAGAUAAUUAUUUUAUACAAUCAGGUAAAAGGAAUAUUGAAGAAAUAUCAAAAAAUAGGCCUUAUUAAUAAAGAGACAAGGAAAUCUACCCAUAUUUUAUAUGCAAUACUCAUUAAAAGAUUCCAGUAUAAUUAUUUUCAGGAAAAUUGAUAUUUCUAAAUGAACAUGUUAUUUUCAGCAUUAAAAAUAUAUAUAUAUAUAUAUAUAUAUAUAUAUAUGUAUAUAUAUAUGUGUCAAAUAAUAUCAUAUAUUAUUUUAUAUGAAAAUUUCAAUUAUAAUUAUAAAGAUAAUAUAUGAAUAAUUCAGUUAAUUUUUUAUUAGACUUUAAGUAAAUUGUUUAUUUUAGAGAAUAUAUACGAUGAUUACCGCAAUUACUCAAUCCUUGUGCCACAAAAAUUAUAAAUCUAAUAAACGAAUAUUAUUAUUAUGAUUAUUCAUUGGUAUAAAUCAAAUGUUUUGUUUUAAGUUUACAAAACAUUAAUGAAUUAUACCGCUGAUGAAUAUAAUCCUUAUUUUACGUAAUAAAUGUAAUAAUAAUAAAUUUUUUUAUCAUCACGAAUUUAUUACAACAUUAAAUAACUUCUUAAGUCUUAAAAGAGUGUAAAAUCACUCCUAAAAGAUGCCACUUUGCCAAAGCAAAGAAUAGAAAGUAUCAAUUAAAGUUUCUAUUCUUCAAAGUACGUCCUUAAAGAAAAUAUAAGUGCCUUAUUUUUUUUCUUUUUUUUUUCUUUUUUUUUUUUUGUUCAUAACAAAGUGUUAAAAUUUAUUUAAUAUGGAUUUGACCAGAGUAAUGAUAAUUACUUUAUUCUAGAGAAUUCUAUUUCAGUACAAACUAGAGGAAGAUAAAUUUUUCUUAAAUAUUGUAAAUCAUGGAUAACAUGCCAAGUAUUAUAAUUUACUAGCAAAUAUUAAAUCAUAAAAUAAAUCAUAAAAAUUUUGCAAAGAAUGAAUUCCAUUAAUUAAGAAUGAAUUAUGAAUAAGUAUAUACAAAUUAUUGAAAUUACAUCGAUGUUUACAAUACAAUAUUAUCGCUAACACUGGUUAAUAUCUUUUUCUAUAAUUUAUAUCUAAUCACAUAUACUCCUAUAUGUGAAUUGAACUAGUAGCACAUCUCAAUCUUCAAUGUGACAUAAAACGCAUAUUGUUUUUAUCAAUCGUGUAACAAUCGUUAGGAUUGUACAUGUGUUAAGAAAAAAUAUCUUUGUAUAUCUUAAUUUAAAUAUUAUAUAAAACACAGAAGAAUGUGUUGAUUUGAUUGCAUGUUAUAUAGUAUUUUGACGUAUAUUAUGUAUGUCAUAAAACGGCACAAUAAAUAUCCUUUUGCCAAAA